UUAAAAGAAAUAUAGAGGCGUUACAUUGGAUGAAAGUAUGGCAUCAAGGAAAUGGCUGGAAGACAUGUCCAAAGGAUUGGGGCGAGAGCUAGAGGCUGUCACGCUACAAGGCAUAGAGAUCAAUCUCGUACAAAAGGGUUUACUUGGCUGUACUUUUCUCGUGCCAGAAAGCCUCUCUGACAAGGAUGGAAACUGGGACGGCGGAGCGAUGGCAGUUUUAGUGGACGAUGUUGCAGCUUGUGUGGUUGGCACCUCCGCCUUUGUUAAAGCUUCUGUUGACUUUCAUCUCUCUUUUUAUUCCCCUGCCAGAAUUCGGGAAACAGUGGAGGUGGAGGCGAAGAUAGUAGGAGAAAAGGGGCGGCUAAUAUCAGUGACAGUAGAAAUAAAGAAGAAAGACAAUGCAGAGCUGGUUGCUGUAGGCAGAGUAUGGUUCACUACUGACAACAUUAAUCGUUAUCCCGGUGAUGAUGAGGAUACAACAAUCACUAGCAAGCUCUGAGCCUUGCAAGAAAAUUUAUGACUGGGGAAAAUUAUUACAGAUUUGUAGAUUAGUUCAUUCCAAUCUGUUUAUUGUUGUUGCAAGUUAGCUAAAAAAAACAAAAAAUAAACACAUGUCCGUUGUAGUUGGUACAAUUCUAGUGUUCAAAACCAUCAGUCAAUUACACAUUGUUUUCGUGGUCGGAGUGUUAACCUGCCAAACAGUUCAAUUUGCAUGCCUGAAUACUAUAUUAAAGUAUGUCACCUAUAACCAAAUAAAAGAGUGAUUUUAUUGAA